GAGCUGACUAGGCCAGAGAAGCCACGUUUGCUCCUUCAUCAUCCACCCAGUGCAGUGUAUUGAUGUGGAAGAGUUCCCUCCUGUGUAUGGGAGUGUAUCGAGGCCCCUCGUACAACCGCCUUAGUACUAAUUUGCCUGGGAGAUCGACAAAUAUCGGUGCUGAGGGUUGGCCUUUCUGUGUGUGUGUGUCCCCCUGCCUGGCUAUUCCUUUCACUGCUGGUCCAGGGGAUGGUUAUACUCCUGUACUGAAGGAGAACUUUUCGUGGAGAAAAAGAGAGAGAUUGCGUUAUGUGAUGGCUCAUACAGACGAACUGAGUACUAUUACAGAAAUGUCUACGUACCACCUAGUGUACUUCAACAUGAUGGGGCAGGGCGAACCGAUCAGGUGGAUCCUUCUGGCAGCCGAGGUGGACUUUUCCGAGGAGAUAAUUAAUGUGUUCAGUGACUGGAAGGACAGAAAGGAAGACUACGACUGGGGCAACGUCCCAGUCCUGAUGGUGGAUGGCAACCAGCUACAUCAGACCACUGUGAUAUCGAGGUACCUGGGGGAAGCACAUGACAUGAUCAGCAAGGACCUGUGGACGGUGACCCGUCAGCAGGAACUGGUAGAAGGUGUUCAUGAUAUUACCUACAUUCUGUCAGAUCUCUUCGUCGCCAGACUUCGUCAGGACGUCGCCCAGCAAACGAACAUGUAUAAUAAAGCGAAAGGAAGGUUGCCCAUCACCUUUAUGAACGUAGAGAGAGCCAUCACCGAAGAAGGGUGGAUUUACUCAGAUGUGGUAAGCGAGAACUUCAAACUUUCGUCAAGUUCAAGGUCGCAGUUAUGGAAAGUGUAAUAGUCGCGUUCUCUU